AAUGGGAAAUGCCGAGAAUGAAACACGGAAUCCUGUUGUGAUCGCGAUCGCAACAGUCGAAGUUGGACCCUUGGUCCAUUGGUGAUGAUACCUGCAGUGAAUGUGCACAAGAAACUUUCAAGGCCGGCGACGGUGAACGUCGACACUGGCCGAACACGAGUCCUACUCCCAACCCGAGUUGCAACUCACUUCCGGUGCCAACUCCGCCUUUGUUGUACAGUCUCACUCCGGAAACCGGUCUGGACACUUUCGGCUCUAAUACAAUCGGGCGUUUUACAUAAACAACGUGACUUGUUGAUAGUAACCGCAGUCCCUCAGUUAUCCUGACCUCUCAGUCUCCUCUUUACUCUCUUUCACUGCAGCCCUACGUCCCCCCAAUCUACCAUCAUCCUUCAGUGCUAUGCGUCCUCGAAACCUAUCCUUCCCUCUCUUUCUCCUCUGCCUCUCUCAGGCGGCUCUCCUCGUUCAAGCAGCCGAAAUCACCAAACGGGAGGAUGACCCAUUCAGAGAGGUCUUUUUCCCUCCGCGUUCGAAAUUGAUAGCCCACGG